CAGUGCCAUCAGCCACUGUGGCGUCUUAGCUCCCGACGUCAACGUGCAUCAGCGACACGUUCUCGUGUUUCGAGCUCGACCACGAAUGCAGCAGCAGCCUGCUUCCUGGCGCACUCGAGCUGCUGCAGUCGUCAGCGACAACAGGUUGUGACUAUGAAGGUCACAUCCAGGAACUUCCGCCGCGAUGCGCUCGAACGACUCGCGAAGCUCUCCGCCGAGGCCGCCGGGACACAAGAUGACGGGCAAGACUUGCAACGGCUGUGCGCACUGAGCAACGCAGGCAACGAGGGAUAUCAGAACGGGGGGAGCACCGCUGGCAAAGCACAUCAAGUCUCCUCAAUUCCCAUUCGGGUAAAGGAGUUGGAGGUGUUAGUAGCACUGUGCAAGGCAGCGCCGCUGGUUCAGACAACAAAGGAUGCGGAGGCUCUGCUGCGUCAACUGUCCCCGUACGUGGCAGAAGCGCAUCGACAGGCUUUUGGUCCGACCUCUCUACACCAGCGCCUGCCCCCCUGGGAGACACUGUCCUACGACUUGACCACGGCUGUACUGGCGCUGGGGCUCAAUCAUCCUUCACUGCGUACCGAGACCUGGAGUAUCGUUGAAGGUGCGAUCGAAGAGGUAACAAAAGCUGCCGAGGACACUGCCUGGCUCAAGCCGCUGCCAGAAGGAGAGACCGAGUACGAAAUCACCGAUGACACUCUUCGGGUGGUGAGGAUCAGCGUGGCAUUGCUUGGAUUCUUCAAUGGUAUCGCAGACUACGUGAAAGUAUGGUCUCCAGAGCAGCGAAUCAAUCUGCUCCCUCAACUGAGAAAGGUUCUGUCUGAGAAAUUCAUGGUCUCUUUGGAAGGCGCUCUCUCAGCGAUCCGGAAUGCAUCGACGAAGAACCGAGCCGCACUUCAAUGGAAGCGCUGGGACAAUCAGUAUGCGACGCAAGGCCGACCUCUCGGUGCAAUGCUGGUUCAACAAGCCUUCAUGCGCGUUGUUGAGGAAAGCACACUGGAACUGCUACCAGUCAUCGAGCCGCUCACCUCGACCGAGCUACUGGACACUCUCCUGCGUCAGGGCCCACGCUGGUACCAAAGUCAGAUGCAUUCAGCGAGUGGACUUGUAAGCAGUCUCACGGACCUCGUCACGAGCGAGAUUAGAUCUUUGGACGACGAGGCGGACUACCUCAAACUUGGCUCCAUUUGGCAGCAGAAGCAAGCACGUGAAGUCAAAGCGAGCGCCUUGCGCAGUUUCCUCUGCUGCUGCAUACUGAAUGGAAAUACGCCAAACGACGAUGUCCUUCUCGAUUGGCUUAAUGCAAUCACUGCCGAUCCAGAUCAGAUGAUGGACGAAGACCUGGCGAAGACAGUACUCAAGUCGAUGGCGGUACUUGCCACUCUUUCUGAAACCGUGGCAACGACAUUGACACGAUCCCUACCCCGACUGAUUGUCAAUGGAAGGAUGACCCCGACGACUUCGGCCGUUGCUUGUGAGUGUCUCGCACGUGUCUUGAAGCCACUCUCACAGGACAUCGUCAUCAGUACCCUGUACAGCCUGGGCAAUGUCCUCAGUGUAGAUGCAGAUGGACAGACGAACAACAAGUCUACCAUUUUCGACAGCAGCUUCAGUGUACACCAGAACGGGUUUACAUCACAUCCCGGCGCGGGGAGCUCGAUUUCCCUCGUGCUUAGUGACGAAGAUGACACCACAACAGCGUAUGGCACGGUUGUCCAAGCAGUGGUUGCAAUUGCGGUGGCUCGCAGCGAGGCACAGCUCACCGCUCUGGUCUCUUCAAUGCUACUGCAAAAGAUCAACAAGAUCAGCGCGGUCGUCGACGCCCGCAUUAUCAUCGAGACCGCAGCGCUUGGUCUGUCUGGCGGUGUUACAGAAUUGAAAGGUCUAUUGCGCUUCUACUCCAAAGUGAACAUCGAAGCUCUUGCCCAAAACAAUGCGCUUCUCAGCUCCGCCGUACUCGAAGCACGCAGUCGCAUUUCAACACACGUCAAGAGGGAUACGCCAUUUUUCGAAGUCUAUGUUCGCCACCUACUAGCACAAUUCGUUAGCACUGGCGAGUCUUCAGGGGGCAAGAGCGUCGACACCUCCUCUGUCCAAAAGGUCAUCGCUUCUUUGCUCCAUCCACUCGCAUUGCUUGUAUCGCACGACACGCAGACGACACCUGUCUUCGAAGAAGAGGAUGAAGUGCGUGCGUUGGGCCGAGACGCGUGGUUCAACGUUGUCGUACACGGCUACACCCUCAACUCGCAACACGUCAAGGAUCACGUAAAUGAUUUACGAACGAUCGCUCUUUAUAGCUUGCCGUUGGUAGAUGAGGCCAGAGUGGACAUGCCCGACAGCGGAAUCGACCUCGACCCAGUCCUGCGAAGAGGAAAGAGCGAUGGAGCGCUCGAUGCGCAGCGACAUGCUUUGAAGACUGCCUUGCCGCAAUGCGAGACUGACCUCCGAAACCUGAAUUACCAAGAGUGCGUUUUCCUUAACGCGGCCCUGCUGGUUUCCACCCUUCGUGCCCGUGGAGGAGACUGCACUGCCGCGCUGCCAUACUUUCUCGAGAGUCGCGUCAAGACUGGGCCCCUCAAUAAUUGCAUGCUCGCCGUGUCCAGCAGCAACGUUGAGACCUAUCUGCAAGAAGCUCUGCGUGGCAAGCGUCAAGACUUUGCAGCACCUCAAGUGGCAGUUCAGCUCGCCGCUUUCUUCGAAGGCUGCUGCCACCGCAUUGCCAAGGUGCAAGUGGCUGCUGUUGCCGCUUGUGACCGAAUUAUCAACCAAAUUCCUUCUGCACUAUGCCAGAAGUCCUCAUUAUUUGCCUUGCUGGAGAUACUCACACUAAUGUGGAAAGCAUGUCUCGACACAGAGACAGAUGAGUAUUCGUUCAAAACCCGGUACACCUCGGACAAGACCAAUGUCUCUAUCCAGCUCUCCGAUGAUGCUCAGUUCCGUCAAACGACACUCUCAUCGUUCUACCAGAAAUGCAAGGCAUGGGUCACACGUGCCAUUCGUGUCGCGCCUCUCGAUGUUAAAGGCAUUCUCCAAGCGUAUCUCGAAGACUACGAGGACGACGGUGCGUACGGUCAUAUCGCACUUGGCCGAUCAUUUGCUGUCGAAAUGGGCGAGCUCAUUCCCGCGAGUGAUCAGCGCUUGACGAGUCUGGAUAGCCAAAGGACUGUGGGAAUUAAUACCGCUUCCGACUUCAUUGCUCAAUACACGACACGUCAGCAGUAUCGCCAGAUCGACAACAAACUUGACUUCGACAACGAAUGGGCACUUGUUGAUUACCAGGGCCAAGCAAGGCCAACUCUGCUUGAUGUGAAUAGUGCUGAAAAGGACGAAGCACAAGAACUACGAAACCUGUCGUUGCGCCUGCGCCGAAACGAACAUGUUCGGUUCGAAGAAGUGGGCACAACAUUGCGCAAUGCAGCUGGUGUCAUCAGCAGAAGCGCAUCAGACCGCGUUGCACUUAUUCAAGACUUUGUGGCUAUCCCGUUCGCAAUCUUCACCAAGCAGUCCAUCAGAUUGGGCAUUUCUCUGUGGCUCGGUGUAAUCAAAGAGAACCCAAGCUUGGAGUCGAGAGUCCUGGUCGAGGUUGCCGCAGGCUGGGAGACCUCAAUCCGCCUCGGCAAAGGCUUCUUCUCGACGUCUCUGCAUCACUUGGAUCCUUUUUACCUGAAAGAAGAGUUCGCUCCAUCAAGCUGGGAGCAGACAAAGAGGCGCGAGAAGAUAACACAAGAGCUGGUCGCACCUCACUUGGCUCUCACCCACUUCCUUUCAAGCCAUUUCAGUGCCUCCAGAUUGACGUCUGCCCCAACCGAGCGAGUGUAUUCUCGUCUGAUGCGCAGUACCUUGUUCCAGAUAAAAAAGAGUCUGACGCAGCCCCUUGCGCGAGAAGUGCAUUUCCACAUCAUCCUACUCGGCUUGAAUGUUUUGGAGUACUGCACGAAUCUUAGCACGACCACUCAAUGGAGGUUGAAAGACGCCGUGGUCUCGGCAGGUCUGGCCUGGUUCGCCGUCCCACCACGAUGGUCGUUUGGCAGCAACAGGCUGCAGCUGAAAGCAGAGCGGAAGCUGCUCGGCGAUGUCUCCAGCAGACUCGCCAGUCUCAGCGGAAUUGGCGCCAAAACGACGAAAGCCUUGCCGACCUUGCAGCAAAAAGAGGCUCUUCUGCUACAGCUCAUCAAGCAUGAAGUUGGCAGAUUGACAGUGUGGAUCGGUCCGCUGGGUCAGGAUACUGCAGGCACAGCCGCGCCUUCACAUUCGGAGUUGCAAACGCAGGAGAGCGCCCUAUCUGGAUUGCUCGACACAGCUUGGCGGGAAGACCCACGUAUUGCUGUUCAACUCGCCGCUCGCUUUCCACACUCUGCGGCUUUGAAGACCAACAUCCGACAGUAUUUACUUCGUCAACCUGAGAAGGCAAUUAAUGAGCCAGAUGCCCUGUACAUCUUGUUGGGAUCGGAGUUGCCAGCAGACGUUAAGACUCAGCUCAAGUAUCUGCUGUACUGGGCAUCUAUCAACCCGAUGGCUGCUGUCACAUACUUCAUGCCGGCGUACAAGAACCAUCCUUUGGUUGUACAAUAUGCUGUGCGUGCGUUGGAAAGCCACUCUGUCGAUGUGACCUUCUUCUACGUGCCGCAAAUUGUGCAAACACUUCGAUACGAUGCUCUCGGCUAUGUCGAGAGGUACAUCGUUGAAACAGGAGUCUUCUCUGGACUGUUCGCCCAUCAGAUCAUCUGGAACUUGAAAGCGAAUGCCUACAAAGAUGAAGACUCCGAGGUCCCUGAUCCAGCGAAGCCCGUCUUCGAUCGUGUCAUGGACUCGUUAAUUGCCAGCUUCAUUCCCGAAGACAAGGACUUUUAUGAACGCGAGUUCGACUUCUUUGCCAAGGUCACUGGCAUCUCCGGCACGCUGAAGCCGCUCAUCAAGCGUCCGAAGCCAGAAAAGAAGGCCAAGAUUGAGGAAGAACUGCGCAAGAUCGAUGUCGACGUAGGUGUCUACCUUCCAUCCAAUCCUGAUGGUGUGGUGAUUGGUAUCGACCGCAAAUCGGGCAAACCUCUUCAAUCUCACGCCAAAGCGCCCUUCAUGGCCACGUUUCGCAUCCGCAAGGAAGAAGCCGAGCCCGAGAACUCCGCAUCCUCCCAAGAAGUCGCCAAAAAACGCACGUACGAAGUCUGGCAAUCCGCCAUCUUCAAAGUCGGCGACGACUGCCGCCAAGACGUCCUCGCCCUCCAACUCAUCGCCGCCUUCCGCGGAAUCUUUAACUCCGUGGGCCUGGAUGUCUACGUCUUCCCCUACCGCGUUACAGCCACCGCUCCAGGCUGCGGCGUCAUUGAUGUCCUCCCCAACAGUAUUUCCCGCGACAUGCUGGGCCGCGAAGCCGUCAACGGCUUGUACGAAUACUUCGUCUCCAAAUACGGCAGCGAAGACAGCAUCAAAUUUCAAGUCGCGCGUUCGAACUUCAUCAAAUCCAUGGCUGCUUACAGUAUCAUAUCCUACCUCCUCCAAUUCAAAGAUCGCCAUAACGGAAACAUCAUGGUCGAUGACGCUGGACACAUUUUACACAUCGAUUUUGGCUUCUGCUUCGAUAUCGCACCCGGAGGCGUGAAAUUCGAACGUGCUCCAUUCAAACUUACGCCUGAAAUGGUUGCUGUUAUGGGUGGAUUGCAUUCGCAAUCUUAUAAGCACUUCGAGGAACUUUGCGUCAAAGUUUUCCUCGCUGCACGACAGUAUGUGGAACAACUGAGUCAUAUCGUUCUGACCAUGCUGGAUUCGGGAUUGCCGUGCUUCAAGCCCCAGACGCUGCAGCAUUUCAAAGAGAGAUUUGUGUUGGAGAAGAGUGAGAGGGAGGCGGCAGAGUUUGUGAGGAAAUUGGUGCAUUGGAGUGAGAGGAGUAAUUCGACGGCUGUGUAUGAUUAUUUCCAGUUGUUGACGAACGGUAUUCCUUACUAG